AUGGAUCUUGCGUCGACCCCGAAUGUGCUGAUCACGUCCUCGGGCCUGAACAGUGCCCAAGCCAUUCGCGACCUGACCGCCGCGGUGUACGAUGCCGGCGGCUCGAUCGCGGCGAGCAAGAAGGUUGUGCUGGGCUCUCACUACUCCUUGCUAAUGGCGCUGUGGCUGCCCGAGGCGACGCCGGCGUCGGCCGCCGCCACGCUCUCCAAGACGCUGGAGGCUCACGUCGCCGGGGGCGCGUCGCUCUCGGUCGUGCCGCUCGAGAGCGCGGGCGGCGGGGCGGAGGACGCCACCGUGACGAGGCGGCUGAAGAUCGAGUGCCCUCAGAAGCCGGGCAUCGUGCUGACCGUCACGCAGCUGCUGCAGGAUCACGGCGCGGUGACAUCUCAGAUGGAGGCGGGCACCAGCGCCCGGGAGGGGGCGAUCUGGUUCGAGAUCGAGUGCCUCGUCGAGCUGCCCGAGAGCGUGGUUGAGGAGGUCGGCGCACAGCUCGCGUUUUGGUCGGACGGCGCCGGCGCGAAGCUGCUGUUUGACGCAUCGCCCUUCCGGGCGCCGCUCGAGGCGGCCUGA